AUGGCAGGCUCCGUCUUGCCUCUCUGCAGUCUCUGUCAAGGUUGCAAAGCACAACAGACAGUCACGGGUUGUAUUUUGUGUUUGAUCGUUGGAGCAGAAUACGUUGACGAGUGUCGCAUCAAAGAAAUUACUGCAACAUGGAUCAGUUGUGAAGAGAUUCACUAUUGGAUACGUUAUGGAACCCUUAAUACUUAUAACGAAUGGAUCAUUCCUGCCAUCGACCAUACUCUAGGAUAUAGCGCUUGA